AUGGGCUUCUGGGAAGGUAAACGCAAAGCGCUGAAGUUAAAUUUUGCAAAUCCACCUUUCAAGUCCACAGCAAGAUUUACUCUAAAUACUUCUGGAGUUCCUUUCCAAAAUCCACACAUUGACACACAAGCAACCCUGGGUAGUAAUCACAUUGUCCCGUUCAGUUUCAAAAGGAGAGAAGCGGACCUCAUCCAGAAACUUUCCAGCAGGCUACAAGAGAGACUGAGAACACACAGCAUUGAAUCAUCAGGAAAAUUGAAGAUUUCCCCUGAGCAACAUUGGGAUUUUACAGCAGAGGACUUGAAAGACCUUGGAGAAAUUGGACGAGGCGCUUAUGGUUCUGUCAACAAAAUGGUCCACAAACCAAGUGGGCAAAUUAUGGCAGUUAAAAGAAUUCGGUCGACAGUGGAUGAAAAGGAGCAGAAGCAGCUUCUGAUGGACCUUGAUGUAGUGAUGAGAAGCAGUGACUGCCCGUACAUUGUUCAGUUUUAUGGCGCGCUCUUCAGAGAGGGUGACUGUUGGAUCUGUAUGGAGCUCAUGUCUACCUCGUUUGAUAAGUUUUACAAAUAUGUAUAUAGUGUAUUAGAUGAUGUUAUUCCAGAAGAAAUCUUAGGCAAAAUCACUUUAGCUACUGUGAAAGCACUAAACCACUUAAAAGAAAACUUGAAAAUCAUUCACAGAGACAUCAAACCUUCCAAUAUUCUUCUGGACAGAAAUGGAAAUAUUAAACUCUGUGACUUUGGCAUUAGUGGACAGCUCGUGGACUCCAUUGCCAAAACGCGGGAUGCAGGGUGCCGGCCGUACAUGGCGCCGGAAAGGAUAGAUCCCAGCGCGUCCAGGCAAGGCUACGACGUGCGCUCGGACGUCUGGAGCUUGGGGAUUACAUUGUACGAGCUGGCCACGGGGCGAUUCCCCUACCCCAAGUGGAACAGUGUGUUUGACCAGUUGACACAAGUAGUGAAAGGAGACCCACCACAGCUGAGUAACUCAGAGGAAAGGGAAUUUUCCCCAAGUUUCAUCAACUUCGUCAACUUGUGCCUUACAAAGGACGAGUCCAAAAGGCCAAAGUACAAAGAGCUUCUGAAACAUCCCUUCAUCCUGAUGUAUGAGGAACGCACAGUGGAUGUUGCAUGCUAUGUUUGUAAAAUCCUGGAUCAAAUGCCAGCAACUCCCAGCUCUCCAAUGUACGUGGAUUGAUACUGCUGCUACAUCAAACUCUAGAAAAAGGGCUGAGAGAAAACAAGCUGUAAAGAAUUUUCAUCACAUAUUGCAGUGUUUUUAAUGCUCGCCCAGACACCAUGUGCAAUAAUAUUGGUGUUAUUUCCAUCCUGUCUGUAUACUGUUGUCACAUAUAAAGUGCAUCCCUGUAAUACCUGAUCACACAGUGUUAGUGUUGGUCACAGAGAGACCUCAUCUUGCUCUUUUGUGGACAUAUUCAUGAAAUGUGGAAAUAAGUACAUUUAUUUGUUGACUGUGAUUGGAUAGCACCUAAAAUUCAUUUCUAGACUCAAAACUUGGAGACUUCUCAGCAGCUACUGGAAAGAUUUUUCUCUCAAACUCUUCCGAUUGUUGUUUCAAGUAAUAAUAAAAAGCAAACAAACAAAAGUUAGGCGUUGUCUGUCUGAACAUUAAGAGACUUUGCCUGGAGGGAGAAGAACUUGCUUAACCAACGAGAUGCUUUGCCUUCUGGAGCUGGAAAGGCAAAGGAGAAUUUUAUUCUUCACAAAGUGCAAUAGAUUUACUGCUAUGAAAUUCUGUUGCUUUACAGUCGCAGUGUACUUUCUGGGGACAGUGUGUUCAGCUGAACUUCCUGUUAAAGAGAGAUCAUGUUAAAUAUAGUGAAUAUGUCUUUACCAAAAAUAUGUUGCGUUGAAAGAGGCUAACAUUAAACUAUUGAGAUGGGACAUAAUGUAUUCUUCCUCCUUUUACCAAGCCAGCCACUCUUCACUCUUAACUAGGUGUCCUGUAAAUUGUUACCUGGUAAGAUAAGACCUUUGACCUGAAGAAUUAUUAAACUACUUGAUUGAAUUUAACCUGCUUGUUGACCUGGUUUAUAGUGCACAGUGCUCACCACCCACUGGCUUUGCUUUGCCUUCACCCAGUGCCAUCCACAGAGGCUGCAGCUGCUGGAAUGGGCCACCAGCUGCUGAUGGCUGCGAGUCCUGGCCAGUGUUUCUCGUGUUCCUGCUGUCCCCAGCCCUGCUGCUUGUGCCUGGGGCCCAACCCAGCCCCACGUCCCUGAGCUCCUGAGUCCAAACCUGAGCUCUUCCUUCUGGCCACUGCAGGCAGGAUGGAGGGGUGGCCCUGACUGCCACAGGGCUCUGUGCCCACCACACCCUGCUGAGCUUGCUGAGGACAAUUCACCACCUCUGGAGACUGAACCUUUUCUGUGACCUCUACAGCUCCUGUGCUGCACCCAGAGCAAACCUCUCUGAGAUUGUUGGGUGCAGAAGGAGAUGAGGUGAAGGAGCAUCUAACUCCUCUCAGCUGGUCCAGCAAGGCCAGGCAAGCUGUUGUCUUCUGGUCCAUUCCUGAGUGAAACCGCACAUCAGGCUUUUCUGUUUAACUGACAAGAUGAAUUUUAACUGAAAGAUGAAUUUUUCCCAAAACCGUUUUUUUCCCCCCCAAAUAUUGCAGUUUUCAGGUGUUCAGUAGCACACCAGGGAUAAAGUGGAGGCUGCAGGGUCUCUGCUUUCCAUUUUGAGCCGAUUCAGGUUCUUGGUAGGACUUCAUCAGUGUCAGAUCAGAGCUCCCAUCAGAGCUUGGCCACAAGCCCGGCACAGUGGGAAUGAAAACACCGUGGUGCUGGCAGGUUCCCCAAGGAAGGGCUCCCCAGGUCCAACCAAAGCCACCUGUGCAAGGCAGCCCGAGGCAGAGAAGACCAAGCAGCACAUCCCAGCUGGGAGCUGAGGCCGUCCCUGGGACACAGCUGGUGCCAGGGGGCCACAGAGGUGACACGUCCUGGUGCUCCUGCUGGCACCAAGGCUGGUGCUGUUGGGAGCCCCUGGCAUCCCUUGGUCCUGCCCUUCAUGGAUUGUUCUCUUGGGCUGCUCCUCAGGCAAGGCAGUCACCAAAGUCUUCCCAAAGCAGACAAGGCAGAGGUUUCUGCAGUGACUGAAUCUGAGCAUCCUGCAGCCUGUGCAUGGCUGAAGUGGUCGUUCUGUCCCCACCCCCAGAGCCCUUCUCAGGCAAAUCCCCCUGGAGCUGAUUCCUCUCUCCAGCCUUCAGCCCCUGGAAAGGGCCUGCAGCUGCUCCAGGUCUCGGGGGUGCUGGCCAUGGGGGCCGAGGAGACCCAGCCCCAGGAGGGGCAGCCGAAUGUGGGGCUUUGCUCCUCCCUUCAGGGGGGAAAUCUGACACUUCUCCCAGGGACAGAGAACCCAAAAACCUGCCAGAGGGCCAGCACUGAGAUGGAAGCUCCCAAAACACACGGGACUGCCUUGCCCUGCCCUGUUGGGAUGGCUGGGUCUGUGCUCUGGGGCCGUCCCAUCUCCAGGACCAGUUUGCUGGGGAUGGAAAUGGAAAGCUUUGAGCUGCCAAUGACAGGAGUGAGGUGCUGCUGCCUGGGUGGCUGUACAGGACAGGUUUAGCCUAUUCAACAUAGAUUAUUAUAAAUUAUUAAGGGUGCACCAUUUAUUGCAAUGUAUCUAUUAAAAAAAAAAAAAAAAGAAAAAAAAAGGUGUAUAGUGUUCAGAAGCUGUGAAAAUAGUGUAAGAACUGUACAUUGUGAAUUCUGGUUAUUUUUUUUUUCUUGUACCAUAGAAAAAUUGUAUAAAAAUAUCAAAAAGCUGAUGUGCAGGGAUGUUGCCUUAUUGUCUGUAAAAUGAAGCUCAGGAACAAAACUGCUUCAAAGAGCUUCCGAAUAUUUUAUCCGGUAUCCUGGUUUGACUUCCUCCUCUAUUUAAGCUAUUAUACAUGGAUCAGAGUGUUUAUGUAAUAGUUCUAUUCUUUUGCCUGCAGGUCAGUUGUAAUAAAACUAAGAUGCGACUGUGA